AAGAAGAUUUCAGUUCCCAGGAAGCAUGGCGCGGGCUGUGUGUUGGUUGGAUUACCUGAGCUGCGGGAUCAGGAGGUAAUAAGAGCGGUGUCGUUGCGGGGCUCUAGCCGAAAAACAGAGUGACGGUUGGGAAUAAACGCGGCGGUUUGGUCGAGAAUUGGACAAUGGACGACAGCCUGGCUCGGAGGGAGGCAGCCCGUCCGAGGAGGAGGAUGUCUGCUGCUGCCGCGGAGUUUGGAGCUAACGUUAGCCUGCAAGAUGGCGAGGUGGUCGAUGGACACCCAGCCAGAGAAACUCAACAAGGUCCGGGAAGACGAAGUGCUCCUGGUGGGAGGAUGAACUCGGUACCGCAAGGUGUCUAUCAGAGAUAUAUGCCGAUGGAGCCUCUGAAGUUCCCUAUACCGAGGAAAAACAAGGAAAAGAAAGGUCUACUCCAGUAUGUCUCCACUGAGUCCAGAGAGUAUGAAGACAUGAUGACCAUCCUGACCUCCACCUACAUAGAAACCGGCUCUGCUAGCUGCUUCACCUACUGCAAACCUCGGCUUGUCCACAGUGAGCUGCUAGAGAAAGAGUUUGUGGAUAAGAGGAGGGAGAUGAAGGCAGACGGGAGGACAGACAAGGAGCUGGAGGAGAGCUACUGUUUCCUGUUGGCUGAUAGUGAGAAGGUGCUCUGUCUCUGUGAGAAGGGGCUGACUGUGGGUCAGAGCUGGCUCACAGUGCUGGGACACCCCAAUAAAGGAGUAUAUCUGUCCAGGUACUCAGACUUGCUCCAAAUUAACCCCAUAACCCCUGGAGCCACGGGGGAGAUCCUCAUCUUCAAAGUGAUGAAGGGAAAAGUGAAGAGCAUCUAUGAAAACAUGAAGAACCUUCUAGAUCCAACCCCUCGCUUUGACAGCCACAUCUCUAAGAACGCCAGCAAAGUCACUUCGCUCACCUCCUACCGUGCCUUCGAACUCACACAGCAAUACUUCUACGAGUAUUCAUUUGAUGAGCUGCGGGAGCGGCCUCGCCAGGUUUGUCCGUAUGCCGUCGUGUCCUUCCAGUUUAAAGGGAAAGACUCUUCACUUCCCAGCAAACCUCUGGCUCCCAUCAGGUCAAACAAUCAGUCAGCAGAGGGGAGUAAAGAGCGUCCUCAGUUCACAGUGUGGACUGGAGAUUUGGUGAAAGGUGACCAGGUUCUCUUCCAGAUCUGCCUUCGCUCCUUCUCGCCUCCCUUCCUGCCACACAGACUACCAGAGAAGUUGGAAAUUGGUUGGUUGAUGAGGCUUGAACAGGUGACCACGCUUCUUCCCUCUGACCUGUUGUCCUACAACCUGUACAACAACAACCAAGAAGUUGUAAAGAACGGCCAUUGCUGCAGUCUUCUGGAGGUAACUGACAGAAGUCGGUCUACGACCAAUGUGACAAGACUGCUGCACGAACUGGAGAUAAAGAGAGUGGUUUUGGUGACUCCACUUACAGAUAGAGGCUUUCUCUUCCUGCUAUCCAGUGUUCAGAUGGCCACACCCACUGAGAGAGGAGAGAACUGGAAGAGGUGUCUUCAGGCCUUGUUUGUCUUCCCGGAGUCCAGAGAUGUGGCCAUGCCCUCAUUAAGGUGUGCCUCCUCUUCCCAUGAUGCCUCACAGUCGUUGAUGUCUGAUGUCAUGGUGAUGCCACGUCUAAACCAGUUUAUUCCAGCGUUGCACCAUGCCCUGGUCAAGGCCCGAGCCAACCCCCCCCCUGAGCUGUCUGCUGGUGUGGAACGCCAGGCACGGGAAUACCUCAUCGGCCAGAAUGAAGGAAAGGUUCGACAGUACCCGAUGGGAGAAUACGAAUCCAAAUUGGAUGAGCCAGGAAAGCAGUUUCCUGCUCCAAAACACCACCGGGUGAACAUGGAUGGCUAUCUGCGGUCCUACCUGUACAGCCCUGCCCUCUACCUGUUGUCAGUGGCCCGGGCCACGCAGAUGGUAGAGGCACACUGUGGCCCUGAGGAGCCACAAGAAGUUAGGCUCAGGAAGAGAUGUGGAGGCCAGAGGGAUGUGACAGGGAAGGAGGCGACCAGCAACACUAAUGAUGGGCCGACCAACACUCAGAAGAUGCAGCAGCUCAUAGACCUGGUUUUGACAUGUAAGAGGAAUGCAGAGAAUGAGGUGAAGAGGGAGGGAGGAGGAGGAGGGGUGAAGGCACCAGGGAGGAAGAGGAGACUAGAACAGGAGAUGGCAGAGAGGACACUUAAAUUCCUGAAGGCAUCACAGGAACCCGGAACACACAGCAAGAUUCCAGUUGAGGGUAACCAAGUCCCUACCUCUCCUGGCUCUCUUGCAUCUGUGAUUGGCUCAGUGGGUUUGAAGGAUGUUGAUCUGAGGGAAGAUGGAUCUGAGCUAGCUGCCAAACUUCUCAACCUGCUCACAGGCCUCAACCAGGCUGCCAGGGGGACGGCCAUUCAGAGCCCUUGUGAAGGGCAAGAGGAGGCAGAGAAGGAAUCCUGUCCAUUUGAUAGGUUGGCCACCAAGCUGGGUCUGCCCACCAACUGUGACAUUGACCUGAGGAAGCAGGAAGAGCUGGAGGAGCAGACAGCGGGCAGCGUCAGUAGUUUGGAGGGAUUCAGUCCAAGCUCCCACAGCGGGGAGUUGAAUCACCAGGGAGCAGCGGGUAGAGGAGGAGGGUUGGAGAGGAGAGAAGGAGGAUUUGAAGAGGAGGACGACGAGUGGGAAAUCCCUUGGGUCCUCAUUCCCAUUACAGGUCUGUGUUCAGAGAGGUACACUCAGAGAGACAGAAACAUCCCUCAGGACCCUCGUUUCCAGCACUGCACCACUGCAACAAGCGUCACCACAACAACCAAACCUCGCAGGAAGAGCCCCACCCCAUCUCCGGAGCAUAGCCUUCCUCCCUCCCCCUUCCAGUGCCCAUCCCCUGAGCCCAGUCCUCCUCCCUCACCCUCACAAUGCCCAUCACCUGACCCUAGCCUUCCCCCUUCACCCUCCCAAUGCCUGUCUCCAGAGCCCAGUCCUCCACCUUCCGCGUCUCAAUGCCCGUCCCCUGAGCCCAGCCCUCCCCCCUCUCCCUCCCAGUGCCCAUCUCCACAGCCCAGCCCUCCCCCAUCUCCCUCCCAGUGCCCAUCUCCACAGCCCAGCCCUCCCCCAUCUCCCUCCCUCUGCCCCUCUCCUCAGCUCACCCACACCCCCUCUCUCUCCCAGUGCCAGUCCCUAGAGCCUAAUGGGCUCAGCCCGUAUAAUAAGGACUACAGUAGUGCUAAUGAGGAGCAGUUAGCCCCCACAGCCUCCAUGGAGUUUGCAGGAGUGUCCAAGGACAGAGAAGAGAAACCUCAGGGAAAAGAAAAAAAGAAUGAAGAGCCAUCCAUUUCUGCAUCCAUCCAGCCAUCUAUUCCUCCAGCUCCAGAGAGUAGGACAAACCUCUCACUACCACCCGGUGAGCGAGAGAAGGAACAUGCACAGGGGAAGAUGGCGGAGGUAAAGGCAGAACCUGUAGAGGAGGAAAAGGAAACACAGCCAGUUGAGAGAGUGCAAAAACGAGAUGAAGAAGAGGCCAACGAGGGUCAGCAAGCAAAGGAGGAGUUGGUAGAAAUGAUACAUGGGGUAGCUAGUGAGCAACAAGAAGAAGUGAAGGAACAUGUAGGUGGCUUUUUGUUUUCUCCGUCCAUCUCCUCACCUCCUUCUCGUCCGCUCAGAGAUAUUGAUGGCAUUGUGGACAAACAUCUGGGUGACUUUUCCUCUGAGAUACAGCUUCUCCUGCAGGAGGAGAGCGUCCAUUACAGCUUCCCACAGUCCCCACACUCCACUUCAAACACAGAAACCACAGCACUUGAACACACACUCCCACACACUCCCAUAUCUCAGUUUUCACAGUAUGUGUCUUUCUAUAACCCCUGCCCCCCUGUCCAGGACUACGUUAGCUCACUAAAGGACAGCAUUAACAGCAUGCUAACAGAGUUUGAUGACAGGUGGCCAAGCCACAAGCCUGUCACCAGCCGGACUAAUGCUGAUGCUGCGUUGGCUAACAGAGUUAGUGAUUUUGUGUCUAGCAUCCGAGCAGCUAAUGCUAAAACAGGCAGAGAUGAUGAUGGUUUCUGUGGUGAACUGACAGCUGCUGACAGCUUUUCAGUCAGUCAAACUCCUGCCCUCUCCAGAGGAGGCGAAGUGUGGCAGCCACAUAUAAUCACCAAACAGUUUCCUGAUGCUGCAAACAACAGGAAUCCCCCAAUUUCUAAUGUCACUUUAUCAGUUACUACCUCUGCAUCUGUUUCUGUCUACAAGCCUACCAAUGCUGCCGUCCUCCAUCCUUCUAACAAUUCCCCACACUCCCACUGGAAACCACCAGUCGCUCAUAACAACAGACAAACACAAGAUGACAGCACUUCCAGUACUGUACACUGUACCACUGGUGUUGAAGGUGGGGGAGGUCUUGCAGAUACAAACUAUGAGGUGACUUUGUCCGGGUUCAGCGGUGUCCCUAAGCCCUUGACAGAACCAUCACAUCCCUCUGAGCCGGUAUCCAGUCUGGCCACUACAUCUGUCCUCAGGCCCAACAUAGGUCAGGCUCCCCCGGCCACAGCCCUGAGCUCCCUGAUCAGCCAGCUGCAGCCAGAGGUGUUCAGCAGUCUGGUGGAGAUCAUCAAAGAUGUCAAGAGAAACUCUCUGCAGUUCUACCUCCACAGCACCGAGCCAGAGGACCAGGUCUAUGAAGACGUCAAGGAACACCUGUUGAAGCAGGGUAACAUGGAGCAGAGUCCCAUGGCCUUUCUGGACCAAGAAAGCUCUGACAGCAAACUGCUGGUCAUCAUUAAGAACAAAGACAUUGCGGCACAUGUACACAAGAUCCCAGGUCUGGUGUCUCUGAAGCGACACCCCUCAGUGGUGUUUGUGGGAAUCGAUACACUGGACGACAUCAGGAACAACAGCUACAAUGAGCUUUUUGUUUCUGGAGGCUGCAUCGUUUCCGAUGAGUCAGUCCUCAAUCCAGACUUCAUUACUCAUGACCGACUGGCUGCACUGCUGAUGUUCCUGGAACAGCACAGUUCUCCAGACAGUGUCUGGAGGUGGAAGAUUCACUGCAAAACUCACAAGAAAUUAAAAGAACAGUCCAGGUUCAGGAGAGAGGCUGCCAAUCUCCUGGACGUACUGUCAGCCUAUCAGAAGAGGCAGAUCGUUGAGUUCCUCCCGUAUCAUCACUGCGACAUGAUGAACCAUCACUCACCUAACCUGGACUGUCUGAUGGAGCUUCAGGCCCGAUACACACAAUACCGACACACGGUCUUUCUGACUGAUCAACAUUUUGAGAAGUUCUCUGCAUACUCCAGUGGUGGCAUCAUUGUGGCCAGUAUUGAAGGAAUUUUACAUGACUUCCCCAGACUGGUCGGUUACCAUGACAUCAAGGAUAAACAGCCAAUCAUAAGUGAUAUGCUGUCUCCCAAAGGUCUCGGCAGGCAGCUGAGUCAUAGUGACUCUUUGUCGGGCUCUGAACGUUCUCCCUCUAUCUUCCCAGAACACAUCCAUCCCCUCUCCUCCCUCGACCAGCCCCAACAUCUCCUCCAGCAGUCCAGCCCCAGCCUCCACCCUCUCUCCCAUCUCUCUGACCAGCUUGUCCCAGACACCUCCUGUAAGGAAGGUGUGCUGCACCAUUCAGGCACAGACUUUGAGGUUCUUCGACUGGCCAUCUCCCAGUUACGGGCUGAGCGCAAGGCACAGCUGCAUGAACUGCAACAGCAGCAGGCAAAGUUGUGCAGCAACCCCCCCAAAAGCUUCCUUUCCAAUACCAGUUGUACAGAUAGCCAUUCCACCUCCCCUCUUUUAGGUCAAAGACGUCCAUCUGAGUCGGUCCAGUUUACUCCUGGCAGUAAAGCAGUGGCAGCCACUUUGGAGUUAAUUCACUCAGCACUACAGCCGGAACUGGGGGAGGAGGAGAUGAGGGCGGAUGGGGCAGAGACUCCUACAGAGGGAUGGAGGAGUGGAGGAAGUCGAGGAGGAGCAGAGCGUGUGGAUCAGAGAGAUGGUACUCCAAUAAGAGUGGAAAACUGGAGUCCCAGUAAUAGUGACAAGUCGACCACUUCAUCCAAUCAAAACACAGCUGCAGUGACAGGACCAAGUAACCAGAUAGACUCAACCAAAGAUGGGAGAGGGAAAGCCAAUCAACAAGGAGAACCUGCAUUUUCAAAAGGAGCUAUACGCAGUGCUGCCUCGUCCAGUACCACAGUUUGUCCUGUAGAGGGCGACAGCUCAAGAGACACACAGUCGGGUCAAGAGCUGCCAAAAAGAGGAGAGGGAGCACCACCUCGCAACAGCACUGUGGGAACUGCCAGCGGUACCAAGGUGACAGGAAGUCUCACCAUGGUAACAAACCAGGAAGAUAACCCAAAUCCCGCUCUGUCCCAUCUACAACAGAUCCAACAGACCCAACAACAUCUUCAGCAACUGAACAACCAGCAGCAGCAACUUAAUGAGCAACAGCAGCUCUUGCAGAAUCUGUCACACCUACAACAACCACCUCUCAGCCAGCAGCAGCGUGGUGAUGGCCUCCUGCACCCCCUCCACCUGCCUCGACUCCCCAGCCAGUCUUUUUCUGGCAGCCCCUUGCUUGGGCCCCUGACUAACCUGGGAGGUGGCCUCCUGGGGGCCACGCCUGUCUGGCCAGGGGCAUUGGGCCCUGCAGGUGCUGCUCUGGUCUGGGGCUUCCAACAGACCGGUAGGAACUUCAGUGGUCAUAGACUGAUGGGGGGAUUUCACAACCCUGUAGGUCAGGGCGGCAACAGGUACAGAGGGAGGCCAAGAGGAGGAGGCUUUAACGGGAUGUAGAGAGCCAACUACAGCAGUUAACCCAGGUAAUAAGUACCCCCGCUAACCUCCACAGAGGGGGAAGAAAUCCAUAACUACCACCCUGUUACCAGAAUUUCAGUCAAGUCGAAUGAAGAGGUUGAAACACGUACAUUCCAUAUGUCUAACCCACAGUCGUACAUACCAGGGGCUCAAACUCAUCUAUUUUUGGCAUUAAUUCUUUUUUAUCUGAUAUUAACAGUAGAGCUACAGUCAGAUCAUGCCUGCAGACACGGCAUGCAAAAAAGGUCCUAGGUCAGAAUCAAACCAGCGACGCUGCUUUUAUGGUUCGUUCCAACAGACUUUGGCCUAGAUGUCAGAGAUGUUAAGGAAUAGUGUUAAUUCUAAAACAGAUUUGGCUACGUUGAUUGCAUUUGAAUUAUUAUUUCUUUCUAAAUUGACUGUCCUAAUUUGUAUUUACUUUAACACGAGACCUUUCUUAGUCCUAAUAAAUUGUUUUUAGUUGCUCUGCACCCACCUGACAUCACCUUUUUAAGUUAGAAGAUUAUCUACCAUCUGGUGAAUUUGUAUUUUCAAUAUUUUAUAUCCUCUGAGUGACUGAAAUGUCCAGGUGGUCCAGGAGAUGGCGAUCCUGGACUGUGAUAUGUUGCAUGACAGUCUUGGAUCAGGGCUUGGUGAUGUUCCUGGCCACAUGUUCUUCAUCAGACAACCAGACACCAAAACGCUGUGUCACUCUGUAAUGAAACUCUGUAGAUGAAACCCUUGUAGUAACCCUUGUGUAGUGUGUAGUGUGUGGAUUAAAAUAAGUGGAUGUACCUGCGCUACACAGCAGAAAACAGCUGCUGUAGAGUUUGGCUAAAAUAAAAACCUGCAGCCUGCUGAGUUUCUGAUUGGAAACCUAUGUUUUACUACCUACUGAACCACUACCUUCUGACCUGUAGUACUUAAGAAUUCAGAAAAACUCUGAAGGAAAAGGCCAUAUUUCCCCUUUGGAUAAUAAGAGAUUAAAAAAUAACAACUAAGGGAAAUGCCAAGUUUUCUGGGUUGAUCCCAUUUUCCAAGCCUUCUUGAAUGCACCACCACCUUUACUGUUUUGUCAGUUUUUUUCCACAGACUGGAAAAUAAAAAAGUUGUGUUUUUCACGCACAGGGGGAACUCUAAAGGUUUCUUGAGGAACCCUAAUAGUUAUUCCAGCAACCCGACAAAUUACAUUUCUUAAAAGAAGGCUAUGAGGAUGUUUUCCACGAUGAGAAGACACAAGCUAUUUAUUUGUUCUCUUUGCGACAUGGGAGACACUGAGUUGCACCACGGUUCUUAAAGUGGAAAGUGAGACUAUGGAAGAACUUGGCGAAAAAACUGUAAAGGACUAAGAUGGACAGAAUGCCUUACACGUCUUCCAGUGGACACUCUUUAUGUCUUGUAAAAAAACAACAAAAAAACAGUUUUUUGUACUGAAUGUUUGAUUUGUUACCCUGGGAGUUAUUUGUGUUUACUUGUUGUAUGUACAGUAGGAAGUGACUCUGUAACAGACCGGUUUUAACUUAAGUGAUUUUUUUAUGUUUUUUUUUUUACAUCAGAGGUUUUUUGUAUUAAAACUUGCCUGCGUAAACCAGCCA